AUGGGGUCGCGCGGGAAUCUGGGCGAUUUCCGCUCCAUCUCCCACGACACCCUGCGCAGCGGCUUACCCUCGCCGCGCAUCGAACAUUAUGACGGAGAAAUCCCCCCGGCGCUAUCUCCACUGGAUGCCUUUGCGGCGCAAGGCCGGUUUCUGGCCCGACAGCUGGACGAGUCUCGCUACGGAGACCGACGUAUGAGCCGGCUGCCCCCUUCCAGCGUCGCCCGGUCGCUGUCGCAACCUCGUCCAGGAUACUUCCGUGCGCCGUCAAGCGAGUCCCAGACCGAUAAGCUCACGCGGAGACCGACACAAAAAGGCCUACCGGAAGUCGAAGAGCCCAAAUAUCGACCGGUGUCGGAGCACCCGCGGUUCAGCUCCGUUUCGCAUGCGAGUACCACCCAAAGCGACUAUGAAGACGACGAUUCUACUCCGCGAACCACCAUGGUGCGGUCAAGCUCCUGUUACGAGAUACCCCGCGCCGAAUCCCCCGAAGAGGAUCCCUCGAUGGCAGGCGAUGCCUCCGUGGGCAUGGCCGUCUCGGAUCCAUCACGCCAGUCGUCCACCGACUCGGGGUCGCGUCUGCAUAUUCCACGGACCUUGGCGCCACCUGCCUCCCCGCACUCGCGGCCGUCAAGUAGCGCGCGAGUCAUGCACGCCGAGAGCUCCGACGAUGAUUAUAGCAGCUCAAAUGGGGGGUCGACGUUUUCGAAACCGCGCAAGCUGUCCUCGAGUAGUGCGGUGUCCCUGCCAUACUCGCCCAUGUCGACGUACCCGACCCGACCACAUCCGCGCUCCCCCUCAAUGAGCUCGGAAACAUCUUUCAGCGGGAGCCAUCUUCCUCGGCCCUCUUUCAAUUUUUCCCGGCCUCUGAGCCGAUCCAGUACCAGUCUUUCUGCGCCCGGGCCGUUGCCAACAUCAGAGCCGGCCGCGGGACCGUCCCAGCCUACCCCUUGGCAGCCCACUCAUAUGAAUCGGCCGAGCAAACCCACUCCCAUCUUGGUUCCCCUGUUCACAGACGAGGCAGCGAAUACGGAUCCAGUCGAGGGUGAACCAUCGUCGGCAGUGUCAUCAUAUGUGUACGCCAAGUAUGCGCUUCCACGGGGCCGUGUGCUCCCGCGAGACUCCGUGGUCUUCGCAGGUCUGCAAACACCCCACUUCGAGUGGCAGGAGCCACUGUUCGAAAAUUCGCCUCCACGAAAUGCCGAUCAGCCACCGCGGUCAGCACGAACACCGCCACCUUCCCACUCUAUACCUGUUGACCAGUCCCCCAAACCGCAUUCUAUGUAUGAGGUCCCGACUCCUCAAUCCGAGCACGCACCUGCUACCCCUGUUUCACCACCCAACCCGCCUCCAGCUCCAGUUGUGGUAACGCCACCGAGGCCCUCAGUCGAGUCAGCCCCGUCUCCUCAACCCAAGAUCGAUGCGCCAUCUCCUCAGCCGAAGAUCAGCGACAAAGACGAGACGGUCUCGCUAGCGGACUCAGCUAGCACGCUUCGCCCCCAGACCGCGACCACCCAGGCAUCAUCGACCCAGCUAACGGCCGAAGAUCAUGUCAGCAAAGGUAUUGAGCUGCACGAGAAGGGUUCUGUGAAUGAGUCAACCUAUCAUCUCCGUAUCGCGGCGAAGCAGAAUAACCCUACUGGAAUGCUUCUUUAUGCACUUGCCUGUCGCCAUGGCUGGGGUAUGCGGCCCAACCAGCAAGAAGGCGUGCGAUGGUUGCGCAAGGCCGUGGAUUCGGUUGGGUUGGAAAUGCUAGAGAACCCGGACGCCCCCGGCGCAUCCAAAGCCAAAGAGCUGCAGAAGACGUAUCGGGCCCAGUUUGCUUUAAGCAUCUACGAACUGGGCGUCAGUCAUCUAAAUGGCUGGGGUACGGACCAGGAUAAGGCUCUAGCUUUACGUUGCUUUGAGAUUGCUGGCCAAUGGGGAGAUGUUGACGCCAUGGCCGAGGCGGGAUUCUGCUAUGCAGAAGGUGUGGGUUGCAAGAAAGACAUGAAGAAAGCUGCACGGUUUUACCGCCAAGCCGAGUCCAAUGGUAUGAGCAUGGUUGGAAACAGCUGGAUUUACAAGGACAAGUACAUGGCCGAUGACGACCGCAGCAGUGGACGCGCUCGUGGGCGUACGGUCAGCAGUGAUAAGAAACCGCGCAGUAAAUCGCGCACCCGCAGUAUCUUCCAAAGGAAGAAAUCUGUUCCGGAGGCAUAG